GUACGAAACUCAGGCUGAUGACGUGUGAGGGGGACAAUUACAGGGAGGUCCGCUUGAUUGUGGAGAGGAGCGGACUGUAUCCACUGGUCAGGUGCAGCUAUGUAGAGACGGAUCCAGGGCUUAUAUCGGCCCUUGUGGAGAGGUGGCACGAGGAGACUAGUAGUUUCCACAUGCCAUUUGGGGAGAUGACUGUCACACUUGAUGACGUCUCCGCUCUUCUUCACAUCCCGGUUGGUGGGAGAUUCUACACUCCAGGAGUGGCCUCGAGAUAUGAUGUGGCAGAGACCUGCGCUUUGCUGUUAGGGGGGGAUGCAGAUUUGUACAUGGCUGAGUUUGAUAGGCUUAGGGGUCCGACUAUGAGGUUCAGCUUCUUGCGAGACCUUUACCCGAAAGCUGUUGCAGAGGGGCGGUACGAGCAUGCAGCCAGGAUGUACCUGAUGCAUCUUGUUGGCGCGACAUUGUUCGCCGACAAGAGUGGGGGGCACUCAUUCUCCGCCCGUUGGAUAGGCAUGCUACAGGAUCUUGAGCGGGUGUCGGAGUUCGCGUGGGGCGCCAUGGCCCUUGCCACGUUGUACGACCAGCUUGGACAGUCUUCUCGCAGCAGGGUCAAAUAGAUGGGCGGUUACACAUCCCUGUUGAUGGCCUGGGUCUUUGAGCACUUUCCAGACAGGCUCGUUCGCCGGUAUGCGAACCCGGCUUACACAGAGGACCAGCCCAGAGCUCGUAGGUGGACAGAGUCACGGUCGGGGCAUGCUAGGCUUGACGAGAGGCGAGUACUACUUGAUGAGUUGACGGCCGACGACGUCACUUGGACUCCAUAUGAGGCCCACAGGGAAUGGCGACAGCGGGAUGAAAGGGCUUUGUUCUCAGGCUACAUUCGGUGUCCCUAUCCCCCUGCUGUGCGACCUCAUCUUCCGGAGCGGGUCAUGCGACAGUUUGGGUAUAUACAGACGAUCCCGCGCCACCCUAGUGAGAUGGAUAGAUCUCCCGCAGCUGAGGCUGUUGAUGCGGCAUUCGCAGGUUAUGUGCAGUACUUGUUCCCUGAGGGCGACCCUGCUAUAGAGGAGGGACAGGCUGUGGGCGGUUACAUGGAUUGGUACGCUAGAGUGUCUCAUUGUUUCAUCAUACCGGAUGAGAGGAGGAUUGAUCUCAGUGCCGUGGCUGCUUUGCGUAGGGCUUUAGAAGUCCUUGAGUUGUCACUUGAGGUGGAUGAUGCUUUGCUGCCAGGCACACAGGCCCGCGCUUUAACGGAGAGAGCACUUCGCAUCCUCCAGGACUUGGCUGGGACACAGGGCAUUGCUUACGCUGCUGGGAGAGGAGGUCUGGGAGCAGGUGGCCGAGUAGGUGGCCGAGCAGGUGGCCGAGCAGGUGGCCGGGAGGGCGGCAGGGCAGCAGGUGGCCGGGAGGGCGGCAGGGCAGGAGCCAGGGGAGGUCGUAGGGGCAGUAUGAGGAGCACAUUUUUCUAUGAUGAUGAAAUGCUGCUUCUAAAACAAGAUAAUGAUGUCAGUGAAGGAAUGUUGCUUCAACAACAAGAUAAUGUUCAGCCUAUAAGUGUGGAUACCACUCAUUUAUGGUCGACCGAUCAGAUAUUUGAAACUGUUGAUGACCUUAAACAAUGGGCUAAGAAUGUUGGGAAGGACAAUGGAUAUGCGAUUGUGACUGGAAGGUCUGAUUAUUCCAGAAAAGGUGGAAAUAUGUAUAUUGUUCUGCGGUGCUCGAAGCAUGGUGUGUACAUCCCGUACAAGGACCCUAAGUCCUUCAAGUACAACUCCACCGGAUCACAAAAAUGUGAUUGUCCUUUUAAACUUAAAGGACGACCUACGGAGGGUGAUAAAAAUUGGUGGCUGAAAGUGUUGGAAGGGGUACACAACCAUGAACCAGCUAGAUCUUUGGUUGGUCAUUCCUAUGCUGGUCGACUAACAGAAGAAGAGAAGGUUCAAGUCGACAGCAUGAAUAACAAUUGGGUCCCACCGAGACACAUGUUGGCCACUUUGAAGGAAAUUAAUCCGAGUAACUUGUCUACCAUCACUCAAGUGUAUAAUCGCAUCAAAAAAGUUAAAUAA